AUGUCGAUGCUUCUGACAUGCAGCUUAUUGGGCGAAGACCUGAUACUAGCUUGCGGGGCCACGCGUGAGGUUGUGGAGCAGUUGGAGGUUGUAAUUCCUGACGAGGAAGCACGGCCUGUUCCGGAUCGGGCCCUGUCAAAAAGACAGGACUCCGAGUGGUUUUCGUGCGAGGACGAGGUUCCUUGGGAGAAGGCAAGGAGAAGCGCUCCUUCCACUGCCGUCCCCUCCGAUCCUAGUGAGGCCAACUGCAGCGACGAGGUGUCGCAGUGGGAGGCAUCACCAGCAUGCAGCCAGGGCACCGCCACGAAGAAUUCCGAGGCGGCCGUGCCAAGCUUCGCGGUGGAUAAGCGCGUCGAAGACCUGCAGCAACGGUUGACAGACCUCUUGGAUUCUUCCGAUGCAGCGCGGGGUACCAUUGAGAAGCUCGGUGGCUACCCAGCCUGCCACUGGAGAUUUUUGAGGGCCAGUGGCUACAGCUUGGACGCUGCAGAGCAGAAGCUUCGGGAGACCGUGGAGUUUCGGGUGCGAGAAGGAGUUAACCAGCUCUUGCAGACACCCGCAGCUCAGGAGGUGCAUGAGCAGCUCCGUGAGGUUUGGCCAGAGGUCAAUCUGGGCAUUACGGGCGAUGGGAGCCCCAUCUCCUUCUUCGAUGUUGGCAAGGCUGUGCGCUUUCUGCAGCUGGGAGUCGAUGAGGAGCGUUUGCGCCUGUUUUGGCUCACGUGGAUGGAGCGGAGCUACGAAAUUCAGUGCCAUGGACGUCGGAUGGCCACAGGCAGCAGCAGCAUAGAUCCUCAUGACAUACCUGGAACAGUGGUCGUGUACGACUUGAAAGAGCUCCGGCUUUCGCAGAUAACGUCCUGCUUGUCGGGUCUUCACCAGUUUUGCCGAGUUCUCGGUCUUGCAGAGAAGCACUACCCCUGCGCCUUGCGAAAGGCUCCAACUGCAUGGCGCCCAAUGCCCAACGUGUACGUAAUGGAAAAAUGUAUCACAUGA